UGGUGAGAGGAAAUGUUUUCAAAAUGUCUCUACAAGUGGGGUAAUUAUGUUUCAAAUAUUCAUUGCACUAGAUGGUGCUGUUAAAUAUUUCUUCGCUUUUUCCAAUAUCCGCGUGCCUUUGAAAUUGAAUCCUGCCCGAAAGGAACUGCUUGUCAGCAAGGCUGGAGUCGUUUCUGGACGAUUUGGAAGUACUGUCCAGAAUCAGAAAAAACCUUUAUUUGGAUAAAAAGUGACGACCCUGUUGGCAAGCAAGAAGUUUCACUUUCUGUGUUUUGUUUUGUGAAAAUAUUGAGUAACAGACUGGUCCUUUAGCGUUGAAAAUGGGUAGGUCAAAGUCACCAUCUCAUUCAUCGAGAUCAAACUCACGGUCUCAUUCAUCCGCGAGAUCAAGAUCACAACCAAGGAGAAAAAGAUACAGCUCCAGGUCACGUUCAAGAACAUAUUCUAGAUCUCGCAGUAGAGAGCGUGUCUACAACAGAGAUUUUCGCAGAGAUUACAGAAAUAAUAGAGGUAUAAGAAGCCCAUAUGGCUUUAGAGGAAGAACAAGAGGCUAUUAUCAAGGUGGUGGCAGAUAUUAUCGUGGUGGUUAUAGACCCAUGUGGAACCGAAGAUACUCUCGAAGUCCAAGGCGUGAUCGUUCACGAUCCAGGAGUCCAAAAAGGCGGUCUGUAUCAUCUCCGAGAUCUAGGAGUCGAUCAAGGCGCUCCUACAAAUCAUCCCCCUCUCAAAGGUCCUCUUCUUCCCAUUCCUCUUCACAGUACAGCAAGUCUCCAGUGAUAAAAAUUCACACAACCCAGGAUAAACAGGGCCAAAAGACAGAAAGCUAUAAUCAAUCAGAAAGCCCUCCAAAUAAGUCAAGUGAUGAGCAGAAGGAUGCAUUUGACCCUUCUGAGCCUCUUGAUGAACUUGGUUCCCGUUCUGCCUUUCCUGUUAUCACUGUGGUCCGCUGUACUAAAGACACUCUUUCUCAGAAUAUACAUUCUAUUGAUCAUAGUCCAGAAAUAUCUGCUUCUCGAGGAAAUGGUUCAAAUCGCUACAGUCCAUCACAGAACAGCCCACUUCAGAUCAUUCCUUGUAAGAGUCCAGCAAAGUCUGUGCUAACUCAGAACCCUCUGGAGGAAAGCCAUUCACGCUAUUCAUUUUACGCAGACGCCACUGAAGAGCAUACAAAUGAUACAAAGUUUUUUAACAGGUUUACAGAUGAAGAAAAUAAGUUGUUUCCUAUAGAAAAAAGUGCUAACAAGGAAAAGGGAACCUGUAAAGAAAAGGCAACAGACAAAACAAAGAAAGGAGGCAGCAUUGUUUGGGAUGAACAAGUUGCUUUAGAUUAUUUUUUGGAGAAAGAGCCUGGCAAUUCCCAGUUUUUAACUAAUUCUGAAAGUGACGAUUUAGAGGAGCCAGAGGACUAUAGACAAUUUAGAAAGUCAGUCCUUGCAGAUCAGGGUAAGGGACUGUCAUCUGUAUCUAGUUGGAAUUAUGAAGAAGAGGAUUCAAAGUACAAGACCAAGGGUUUGACAAGAGUUUCUAAAGAGGGUGAAAAGUUUAAGGACAUAAAAGGUAGUAAAAGUGGGGAGCAAAUUGCAAAAGAGAAGCACAAAGUCGCUCAGAGCCAUACAAUUAAGAAAGUCGCUCAGAGACAUACAAUUAAGAAAGACACACUGUCCCCUGAUCAGCUAAAGUUAGAAAAGACUAAAGACAUUUUUAGUUACAGCCUUUCUUUACAUUCAAGUAAUGUGAAAGAGAAAAUUAUUUUCAGGGAGGAAAGCCCUGUGAGGAUGAGAAUUGUAGCCACUGAAUCUCUACUCCCUGAAGUCAAACUUCGAAUUAUCACAGUCCCACUUGAUGACUGCAGAGCACCCUGUUUGGAUGAUAGACUUCUAGGCAGUACUCUUAUUCAUUCUGUCAAGAAAGUACAGGACUUCCGAACCAUCUUUGACCAUCUAAAGGUUUCCUUCACCAGCAAAACAUCUCCGGAAUCCUAUAUGAACCAUGUUGUGUCUUUAGUUCAUCAUGUAAAAGAGCAUUACUUCAAGGGUUGUGGGAAGACUCUCAAUGAGAGGUUUACAGACUAUCAGAAAGACACAGUGGACCAUGUCAGCCACCUAAAGAGGCCGGAGAUACAUAGGGUGAUAGACAUCUUUCCUUAUAUUCCUAAGUACCGAAUGGAAGAUGAAGACAAAGCUAUAAAGAAAGAGACAGCAAAGGUUGAGAAAAAGCAAAAGAGUAGUUUGUCUGAUCAGCGAGGUGAAGUCCACCGCAAAAAGGAGCAUGGUAAAGAACGUGUAGACCUCGCAAGUUCCAGGGAAUCCAGCAGUUCUCAAAAGAAAGAAAAAACACAAAAAGAAUUCAAGGAGUUCAAAAUCUUCAAGGAGGAAUGUAAACGCAAAAAGGAUUUGGAACCACCCCAUUCUCCUUCAUCAGGUGAAGAAAAAGAUUUAACGAAGGUGAGUGAAGAAGAGUUUAAAGACCCUCCAGAGACCAAAGAAUAUCCUGGAUACACAGGAAUUGGCAGAAGUAGGGGGACAUUGUUCCGAAUUAGAGGCAGAGGCCGUGCUCGAGGGGUGUUUGCUGGAGCAAGUACUGGUACUGUGAAUACAAACACAACUUUCCAAAAACGGCCUAAAGAAGAGGAGUGGGACCCAGAAUAUACUCCUAAAAGCAAGAAGUAUUUCCUGCAUGAUGAUCGAGAUGAUGGAGUAGAUUAUUGGGCAAAGAGAGGAAGAAGCCGGGGAAACUUCCAGCGUGGCAGAAGUCGGUUCCCUUUUAAAAAAUCAGGUAGCAGUCCCAAAUGGACACAUGAUAAAUAUCAAAUGGAUGAACAUUUAGAGGAUGAAGAUGAAACAAUGGAGGAUAGAAACAAAGAAGAAAAGGACUGAUUUGCGAAAGAAAACCAACUACUAAAACAGUUACUCGUGUUAUGUGGUCUUUAUUUUCUUUUAAUUUUGCUGGUAGAAAAAUACUUCGAUUGCAACAAAAUUUUAGGAGACUGCAAUAGCUCCCCCAUUAUGCAACAACUACAUGGAAGAAAACCCCUAGCCAUUAUUAACAGUUAAAGAAAAAUCUGAUUUUAAGAUUAUUUUAAGUAUUAAUGUUAAGUUUGUUAUACUUGUGUACAGAUAUGUGGAAAAGAUUAAUACUGUCAGUUUCUUUUAUCUGUCAAGUUUGUUUUCCUGUGUGUUCAACAGUUCAUAUAUAAUUUUUAAAGGAAAUAUUGUGUUUCUUUAAAGGAAUCGUACUAAUUCA